GCGGUAAAAUUUGGUAGAGUUUAUAGUGCUCUAUAGACGGCAGACAGAAAAAGACGCAUAACAUUUAGCUGUGUUCCAUCAUCAUAUGACUUUACCCAAUAUAACUGUUGCAGAGAAUGCGUAUGUUUGUAUUUAGGCUUCUGUUUUUAGAAAACGAAAUCGUUUAGAAAGCCAAAUGCUUUCUACUCAUAAAGUGAACACCGAUUAUUGGCGGUGUGUGCAUAGCCAUACGGGAUUGAGCUACAGCAGUCUAUCAUGUGCAGUUGGGAGGGCCUGAAGCAUUAAUUCAUUAAAUUAUUUCUGAGAAGACGCAGCCAUCACUACACAACGCGCGCGAAGACGAAGGUAUGAGUUCCGGUUCGGUUGUGGGUGAGAAGGAGGCCGGCCCCGAAAAUCUGCAGGACAGCCAGCUGCUUGGCCUUCCGGUGAAACUGCGCCAACGGCUGAUGCCGUUCCAGAGGGAGGGGGUCGAAUUCGCGCUGGCCAGAAACGGACGGUGUAUGAUUGCAGAUGAGAUGGGGCUCGGAAAGACGGUCCAGGCCAUCUCCGUGGCCUACCUGUACAGGAAGGAGUGGCCGCUGCUCAUCGUGGUCCCUUCCUCUCUCAAAUACCCCUGGAUCGAGGAGAUGGAGAAGUGGAUCCCCGAGCUGAGCCCAGGGGACAUUCACCUGGUGGAGAACAAGAUGGACGUGUCGGGGAUCAGCAGCAGUAAGGUCACUAUUUUGGGGUACGGGCUCCUCACCACCGAUGCCCAGGUCCUGGUGGACGCCCUCACCAGGCAGAGCUUCCGGGUGGUGGUGGUGGACGAGUCCCACUACCUGAAGUCGAGGAACGCGGCCCGCAGCAGGAUCCUGGUGCCCCUGGUCCAGCGGGCGCAGCGGGCGAUACUGCUGACGGGCACGCCGGCGCUCGGGCGUCCCGAAGAGCUUUUCAUGCAGAUCGACGCUCUGUAUCCCAGAAGAUUUGGAACGUGGUCGGACUAUGCCAAAAAAUACUGUAAUGCUCAUUACAGGUUUUUCGGGAACCGGCGGCAGUGGGACUGUCGGGGCGCGUCCCACCUGGAGGAGCUGCACCAGCGCCUGAGCGAGAUCAUGAUUCGCAGGCUGAAAGCCCAGGUCCUCACUCAGCUCCCCCCCAAAAUCCGCCAGCGCAUCCCGUUCGACCUUCCCAAAGACGGAGCCAAGGAAGCCCACGCCAGCUUCGAGGAAUGGGAGAGGCUGAUGAGGAGGCUGGGUUCGGGGGCCGGGCCGGACGCCAACCCCUUCGGCGAAGUCAUGGGGCUCGUCACGCGCAUGUACAAGCAGACGGCCAUCGCCAAGGCGGGAGCCGUGAAGGACUACAUCCGCAUGCUGCUGGAGAACGAGCGGCUGAAGUUCCUGGUGUUCGCGCACCACCUCGCCAUGCUGCAGGCCUGCACCGAGGCUGUCAUCCAGGCCAAGGCGCAGUACAUCCGAAUCGACGGGAGCGUCCCGUCGUCCGAGCGAAUGCACCUGGUCCACCGCUUCCAGAACGAUCCGGAGACGCGGGUGGCCAUCCUCAGCAUUCAGGCUGCGGGACAGGGCCUGACCUUUACCGCCGCCACGCACGUGGUGUUCGCCGAGCUCUACUGGAACCCAGGUCACGUCAAGCAGGCGGAGGACCGCGCCCACCGCAUCGGGCAGACCAGCUCCGUGCACGUCCACUACCUCAUCGCCAAGGGAACCUUCGACACCAUCAUGUGGGGCAUGCUCAACAGGAAGGAAACGGUCACUGGCAGCACCCUGAACGGGAGGAAGGAGUACCUGAAGGCCGAUCUCGGGGACAAGGAGAAGUGGGACUUCUUGAAUUUCGCCCAGGCGUGGACGCCCGGCGAGGCUCUGGUGCGGGAAGCAUGCGGGGACCACGACGAGGUGUUCUUCUCCCAUUUUGAGAAGGACAAGCAGCACGACAUCCGCACGUUUUUCUCACCGAACUCGUCCAAGGAGAAGAUGAAGAGGAGGAGAACAGAGGGGGAAGGUUCCCCCCUCCCGAUUUCUGAGAUGGGGGAGGAGCAUGGGGAUGUGGAGGUGAAGAAGCGAGAGGGACAGAGCCCGGGGGGGGACCGUAGCCCUGGUCCCGACGGACCGGAAGAGGACGAGGACUUCGCCCCCCUGAACAAAAAGAUUCGGGUUGCAAGCCCCCAGCUGCCCGCGGGGAGGAAGAGGAGGUCCUGGGCGGGGAAGGCCUCCCCAGCGUCCCUCCUGGCCUCCCGUCGGCUGUCGGUGGGGGGCCGGACCCCCCCAGCGAAUGUGGGGAAGGGGUGGAGCUGUGGAGCCUGCACCUACGCCAACAGCACCCUGCUGCCCUACUGUGAGAUGUGUGCCACCCCUCGCCCUGAUAAAGCUGGCAGCGGCGGCUCCAGCGGAGGUCCGGGGACGGGCCGACCCCCGGCACCGGCGAGCCCCUGCGUGGCGAUCUCCAGCUCGGACGAGGAGCCGGACCCCGGCCCCCCCGCCACCCCCGCCCUCCCAGCCCGCCCCGCCAUAGCACCCGGGCCGGGGGCGUCGGAAUCGGAAGCGGAGGGAGGGGCGAAGCCGGAGAAAGACGGGUGCGAGGGAAAGGACUCGCCGGGAGGAGAGAGCGCCCCAUCGCACAGCCAGGCUGACGAGAGCGUCUGUGACCCCGCCCACAGCAGCCUCCCUCUGUACGAGGGCCUCAGGUUCUGCGCCAGCUGCAACUCAGACAGGAUCUACCUCUACACCAAGGAGGGCAGCCCACUGAACUGCAACUUCAUCCCCAUGGACAUCAAACUGGACAGCUGGGAGGACCUGCCCGAGGCCUUCCAACGGCGGGAAAACAGGCGGCAGGUGCUGCAGUUUGUGCGGGAGUGGAGCUCCCUGACGUCUACGAAGCAGAGGGUGGUCCGACGGAGCGGACGCCAGUUCUGCAGCCCCAUCCUGGCCUUGAAUGACAUCACUGGCAACCAGCGCAGGCAGAGCAUCACCAAGAGGUUCCUCACCAAAGAGGACGUGGCGCAGGCGUCCCUGGACCGGGCCCAGAAGGACGGGGGCAGCGUCCGCACGGUCGCCACGGAGACCUUUUUCGCCAAGAGGACCCCCGCCAAGAUGGCCGACUCCGUGCCGGACAGCGGAGAGGAGAAGGAUUCUGGGUGCUCUGAGGAGCCCGGGUACCUGCAGGCCCUGGACAGCGAGGGCAACCCCCUGUGCCUGUCCUGCCAGGCGCCCUGCGGGCCGGGCAGCGCCACCUGGGACGGGCGCUUCUGCGGGCGGGGCUGCCAGGAGGAGUUCCAGGUGCGCUCCAGCCAGGCCUACAUGCGCGCGCGGGUGCUGGAGGCGGAGCAGGGCGUGUGCCAGGGCUGCGGGCUCAACGCCCACCAGCUGUACCAGUCCGUACGCGACGCCCCGCCCGCCAGCAGGAAGGAGCUUCUGGAGAACACCUGGCUGUCCCAGCUCUCUCUCAAACAGCUCAAUGAGAUGAUCCGUACCCCUGUGGAGGGGCAGUUUUGGCAGGUGGACCACAUCCGGCCAGUAUACAGUGGAGGGGGGCAGUGUUCUCUGGACAACCUGCAGACUCUCUGCACCGUCUGCCAUAGACAGAGGACCUCCCAUCAAGCCAAGGAGAGGAGCCAGAUCAGGAAGGGCGUGGCCGCCUCCAAGGUGGCUUCGGACAUUACCCGAUUCUUCAUCAGGAAGUGAGGAUUCCCGGAGACGGUCCCGGUAUGGCAACCACCCCCCCCAUCCCCCCCGCC